AUCCAAGAUUUAAUCAAAAUUUGGGCUACAAAACUUUCAUCUUGCCAAAAUUUCUACCAAAAUUAUUCUGCAGAUGUUAAUAAUUGGGAUAAGGUCUUAACAGAGAAUUCUAAAAAAUUGUCUGAAUUGUUUGCUGACAUUGUGGAAGCAGAGCAAAGCCAAAAUAAAAUAAAUUCCAAUUUAAUGUAUUUGGAAAAACAACAAGAUGAUAUUGAAAAGUUUCUUGAUUACUAUGAGGACAAAAUCAAUUCUAUCUAUUCGAAUAGUGAAGAGAACAUUUUGAUUUUGAAUAACGGAAAUAAGGGGAACAAUAAUAAUAACAGUAAUGUGAACUUGUCAAAUGACAGAAAACGAGAGGAAUCAUAUAAUAAUGCAAUUUUGAUAGAUGAGCACUUAGAUGAAUUGAGCAAUGACUUGACAGUGUUAAUCAAUGACAUCAACGAUAUAAGUGAUGUUUUCAACAAAUCUAUAUAUAAGGAUGAACAGAAACCAGGCAAUGAUAAGUCUGAUUUACUGCAAGUACAUAAAAGCCAAACUAACGAGAGGGAUAAUGGAAGCGAUAAUGGAUAUAAACUAUCAUCUAUUAUCAAGCUAUUGAAUAAUCAUUUGAAUAGUUUAAGGUGGUUAGAAAAUAACUCUGAAUUAUUGAGGGACAAGAUU